ACAAGUCGGAAAAGCUGUUCGGGAUGGCCUUUGUGAAGCUGAUGAGGCCGGAUGGCACCACACUUCGCGAUGGGAAACACGACCUGAUCAUCUACAAGGGCGACACGAGGAAGAUGGAAGAUCCCAAGUGUUACCUGAUGCAGCCGGCGACCCGAGAGGAGCAGGAGGCGAGGGAGAGUCAGGUCGGCAAAGGGGUGCAUCAUUCCGCCCCCAUGUCGGCCAUUAAGGACAGCUUCCAGAUCGCGGUACUGGUAUGCUCCACCAAACUCACGCAGAACGGUAAGUCCCUGCCAAUCUAGACACAGAGAGACGCGCUCUCUCCCCCUCCCCUGUCCCGGUGGGCGGAGCGACGCGGCCUGGCUCUAUCCCAAUUCCCGGCUCUUCCGUCCGGCAGAGGACAGAUUGUGCGUUAGCCCGUCCGCACUUGCCAGGGAUUGAAUCUCUCCCCGCCUUCUGAUGGGACAGCACUGACUGAGCAAUCCCAGUCGCGCCAAUUUGCUGGGAGGCCCCAUAGCAACACCGCAGCCAAUCAGAGACAAGAUGGGC